AUGUUGUCGGACCAGGAUGCCUUUUUCGAAGCCGCUCUGGACGCUAUAGCCUCGGACCUGGAGCUCAUGGAGCUCUCAAUAAAUGAUCUAAACAUCGCACUAGGAGGAAGCCCAGUUAUCAUACCCGAUUCCUACGUCAAAACCGUAAGAUCAGGUCUACUCUAUGAAUGCUUUACCCGAAGCGCAAGGAACUCAAGGAUCUAUAAGUGCUAUGAAAGGUUUAAAGGCCUAGAAUUACAAGUCGACAGCUUCUUUAGAAUUUUAAAAUUACACCUGGAUAGAGGAUUCUCGUUUCUACAAAGAUUUAAACCGGCAAAUCUUUCAAUUUCUGUAAAGCUAUUUUGCCUGUGUUACGUGGAUGUAAUUUUUGAUCUAUACUACGGAGUAGUUAAACAGGUGGUAAACCUUACACUGCACGACUGUGUUUACAUUUUAAAGUUCUUUUCUAGACUGGAUAAAACAUUAUCCGCGAAUAGAAUAAAGCACGUGUAUGUUAGGGAUGAAAUCUACGACCUCAUCCUACACUCACUCUGGUUCGCACUAAAGGACGCAUGGUGGCUUUAUUUGGAACCCAAAUUUAUAAAGCCAUUGUUUCCAUUCAUAUCACACAUGAGAGUAAAUAAGCACUAUGAAGUAACCAUCCAUGAUUUAAACCACGUGUUGCACAACAUACACUUUGUAACAUUAAUUUCACAGGAUAUCGCAUUUCAGUCUGAAACACCAACAGUAGUUGAUAUGCCUCCAGGUACACCGGAUCAAAUAUAUACACAAAUGCCCAAUAUUCAAAUACCUAACAUGGGAAGCGUAGAACACUCUCCAGAUCUAGGAGACUUGUCGAUUAGUUACGAAGAUUUAUCAGAGUCUAACCUCCAUAUCAAGUACCUAAGGACACUAAACACAUUUGGAAUUGAUGAGUCAAAAACUCAACAGGAUAACACAGGGUCGGUUAAUCCAGAACCAACAGAACAAGAUAAUAAACUCGAGUCUGUAAACCAAGUUGACACGGUGGAUGAACCUGAGUCACUAGAAUGGCUGAAAUUGGACCCAAAUCGGCAAGAGAAAGCUAGCUUUGAUUUUUUACCUUCAUCUAACCAUUUAGAUGAUCUUGAAUUCUCAAAGUACCAGAUUUAUGGUGAUGAUUAUUCAAACGACUUCCAUAACGAUGUCGAUAACUUUAGGCGUGAGUCUGAAAGUGAUUCAGAGCCUAGCUGGACCCAAGUUAUCUACCUGACUUUGGUUGGAUUCAUCUACAUUGUGCUUUUUGAGUCGUAUCUCAAGGCAGUUUCUAACAGUUUAAAUACUAGGAUGAGCCCAGCAAAUUAUGUUGAAUUUUUAAUAAAGAGGCUUCAGGACGUUAUCCAGGUAACGGGGCUUAUUGUGGAAGUUGACUGUAACUUUACUGCAUGGGCACGAGAUAAGCUAGGUGACUCGUCUGACCCAUACCUCUCAGCAUGUUUUAACAAUUAUUCAGACGACGUGUUUUCAUUCAACAAUAACUAUACGUACAGGUACAGAGAUAUAUAUACUGACAGACCUAGAGCAAAUUUCGACUUCUCCUACAACUCAGAACAUAAAAAUGAUCCAAACACAAGUAACCCAUAUAUUUCAUUUAAUCCAAGGGAUCAAAUGAACCUGUAUAUUUUAUCACUAAGUUUUGAUCGAGCACAGAAGCUCCAAUACGAACUCAUUAAAAGAGUCUCCUUGGUUUGCUCGGCUCCAACAUUGAGGUAUAUCGAUAAUUUGUAUUUUAUAGAUGAUUCAAAUUUAUACCGUGAGAUUUUGUAUAACCCUGAAAAGUAUCUGAUAAGCCCUAAUGGGCCACUCUCACGGAGUUGCAAACAGCUUUCGAUAAGAUUCAAGAGGGCGAUUUUCGUUGAAACCUACUUCAAAAUCGUUGCAAGGUACAUCAACAAGGUCACCGACCAAGAAUCUCAGCCAUCUGAGGCUAUAUUUUUUGACUCGAUGUCACUUUGGGACUCAGUUCUGGACUUUUUUGACUUUUCAGCAAACCCGCAAGUCAUCGAAGAGGAGUGCCUUAAACUAGUAUCAAGCUUGCUUGACCGAAUAAAAUUUACACCUCAGGUGGAUUUGAGUGAAUUGGAGUCAUUUAGGAAAAAGUUCACCUCCAACUUCCUGACAGCUUCAAACUCUCCAGAAUCACUCCUUUCGUCCUAUGCGUACAAGUGUAUAUCAUUUCUGAAAUCUGACUCCUCAAAUAAAUUCUGCUCAAAUUCAGUACAGAAUGAAUCAGAUGAUACUGUUACCAAAAAUGAACUCGAUUGUUCCACAAAUGAUGAAACGACAAUUGAUGACAUCUGUCUCGAUAAGUUUAACGUAUGGCUGGAUGGUGUUCGUAAGAAGCGCAUGCUAGUUUUCGGGAAUGCAAUUCUGUUCUUUAGGGACAAUUCACUUCUUCAGCCUGUUGGUUUCAUUUCAUUCGACUCGAUUUAUGCUGUUCUAGGCCCGAGGACAAUUUCUCAAGUCCACCCAAAUGUCCAUAUUUUGGAAAACAAUAGCGAAAACGACAGCUUCAGUUGUGGGACUAGUGACACUUCACAAUCUUCUGAAACCUCAAACCCUCUGGAACUUGAAGAAGAUUCAGACAAUAUUUUAAACCAGUAUAGUGUAAAUGGAGAUUUGGAUAUAAAGGAAAUAAGCGCUGAGAACAGUAGUAACAACAGUGCCAAAACUAGUAGGCGCAGUAGCUUGUGUGAUAACAUGAUGGUUUGGGGUUGGCAGGUUCGGCUCGAGCUUUUUGACUCGUGCGUUUUGGAGGACUUUUCAAACAUUGACGUCGUGGCUGAUUUUGAGUUUUCGAGCCCUGAAAACAGAAAGUUCUGGCAGCAGCUGAUUAAGGAUAAGCCGGGAACGAGGCCUCAGUUUAUAUCCUGGCCCUACCACACCUUUUUCUUUGACUCAAUUUAA